GGUCGAAGAAGACUAAUGAUGAUUGGCGUCAAGCCAAGCUUGAAGAAUAUGGGUUGCAAACAAGAAGGGGUGGCGGGCAGGGUAAGAAGAACUAUAAUAUAAGAAAGGUUCGUCAUACUGGUCGAUGUAGAUCUUACGUGAGCCUAUGGAUUGCCUGAUCACGAGAUCCUUUCGAUGAGUUCAGAAAGCACACGUCUUGAGGGAAAUCUCCAACCAAGCUAUCCCUAUCUCUUGAAUUGAAGUUGGACCCCCCUCGCUUCUGCCAAGCAUCGCUGCUUCCGAAUUGCGCGAAUAAAUGAUGACCGCCGGGGGAAUAAAGAUGUAGCUAUCUUUCUUUCACUCAUCGAGCGAAAAAGCCGCCACUUCCAUCGAGGGGGAAAUGCAUGCUCCUGCUUACACAUUAGGCCGGGCGAGUGUCGAAUCCUGGUUCGAUAGCCCAGCACAGCACCUCCUGAGGCAGCAGACCCCUCCUCCUUCAAUAGCUUCAUCAGGCCAGCUAGCCCAGGUCAAGCCGUGUCCAGAGGCACAAAUCAACCUAUCACCUCUGGUAAUUGAGCCUCCAGUUCCUCCUAUCCCAGUUCCAGUAGCUCCCCUAGGAUUACCUAUCAUAGCAAAUGCUAACCAGUUGCCUAGGACAAUCCUUAGGUCAGGACAGCUCAAUAGGACUCAAGCCUCCAUAUCCAUCCUAGAGCUCCUACAAGCCUCUCCUAAGCACCAGGAAGUUUUCAAGAAGUUCUUGGCCGAUGCCCGGGUACCUGUAGAAAGCACCCCUACUGACCUAGAGAAUGUGGUAGGAAUUAUCACUGCACCGAUGGCCAUAUCCUUCUCAGAUGAUGACCUACCCAAUGGACUCUCUGGCUCCUUCUCCCGUGUACAUUACAUCACCGCUUAUGAUAACUCGAGAAGGCCAGCAAGAGGCAGGCUGAUUGCCGAUGUCCAAGUCUCUGCCGAAGUUCAACCGGCAUUGACCGCAGAUUUCGAGAACGUGAGCUUCAUGCCAUCUAUAGAAGUAGGAGGUCAGUUCGUGCCACUAGAGAGUAUGGGGAUGGCUCCUUCCACCCAUGUUUCGGUCCUAGACAUCAAUACUCCUUGGGUCACCCAACGGUGUUUGGUAAUCUCAAUUGAGGAGCUCUUCUCCUACCCCAAAUGUGAGAGGCUUAGACCUAGGAAAUGGUCAAGACCUGCUUCGGCGUCGAGCGCCGACCAGGAUGACUGUAUGGCCGCUGAGUUCUUUAGUGAUGCUGCUUGCUGUGAUGAUAGACCUUCUUUUGGUCUAAUUGGAGGGUGCUCAUCCCCUCCCUCUCUUUUGAAGGACAAUGGACCUGCCUCUUGUCCUCUUGCUUUGUCACCUGAUGAACCCACGGAGGCUAUCUCUUGCUGCACAAGAUUAACUGCACGAGGAGAGGAGCAGUUUGACCUAUCCCUCUUCUCUGGAUAUCGGGACCUUUUCUUGUCCUUCGAAGACUCCCUCACUGACGCACUUGUGGCCUCCGACUCUUAUCCUUGGCCCUAUUCCUCUUGGCCAUUUGUGCCAACUGGGUGGAGGAUGAAUCCUAGCUGGGGCACCUCCUCUUCCCUUCGUCUAUCUCUUCUGUCAUUGUUCAUCCUCUUCUUCUUCUCAGUGGCCUUCGUACUCCCUUCAUUUGAAGUUCUUCCGUAUGUGUUGGAUGUCCUCAUCUUGUGCUUGUGGGUCGUCUUCUACCCGCUGUUCCCGUCGUAUUGGGAUUUUUUUGGGCUUAGAUAGCUAGGCUUUCCAGAACUACACUCGGCUUUUCAGGAGGCAGGUAUGUAGGCAGAUGUAUCAUAUGCUGUAAAUGUUAACGGAACUCCAUAUGGAAACUUUGUAGGAGCUAGGGGAGUUUAGCAGGGGAACCCAUUUUCGCCUUAUCUAUUUACUAUUGUAAUGUAGGGGUUCUCAAGGCUUCUUGAUAUUUAUAUAUAUAUAUGGGAAAGGGCUAUAAGAAAAAAAGGACUCUACA